UCCUCCUCAACUCUCUCUAUCUCUCUAAAAAAGCAUAACUCUUUGAUCUAAAUUUCAAGAUUGUUGUUUUCUUGCAUUUGCGUAUCUACGAAAGGAAAGAGAAUGGGACAAACAAAAAUUUUGGUAUGUUUGGUUUUUAUGUUCAUUUGCAUGAACAUAAAAAUGAAUUCAGCUUGCAUGACUGGCCCUACUCCAAAUGUUUCAAUCACACGUCUCAUAAACGACAAGGGAGCCCUCUGUCUGGAUGGAACUCCACCUGCAUAUUAUCUUGACCAGGGUGAGGGGGACGGAAUAAAUAACUGGGUAAUUUAUCUAGAGGGGGGAGGGUGGUGCUCAACCGUGGAGGAAUGCGUUUAUCGAUCUAAACAAAACCUUGGUUCUUCAAAGUAUUUAAAGGAGAGUUUGCAAUUUGCUAAUAUUUUGAGCAAAGAUUCUAAGACAAAUCCAGAUUUCUAUAGUUGGAAUAGAGUUUAUAUUCACUACUGUGAUGGGUCUUCCUACACCGGAGAUGUUGAUACUGUCAAUCCCGCUACAAAUAUAACUUAUAGAGGAGGAAGAAUCUUUAAUGUGGUAAUGGAAGACUUGCUAAAAAGGGGAAUGAAAAAUGCCACAAAUGCAAUUCUUUCUGGAAGCUCGGCGGGUGGCUUAGCUGUUGUUUUGCAUUGUGAUCGGUUCCAAUCACUUUUGCCAACUGGAGCAAAAGUUAAAUGUUUCUCUGACUCAGCAUAUUUUAUACACGAGGAUCAUUUGAGGGGGGAGAAACAAUUCGACAUUGUCUUUGAAAGAUUGAUUACUUUGCAUGGAUCAGGCCAAAUGCUACCCUCAUUCUGCACAGAUAUAUUCAUCAAACCAAGUCUGGUGAAGUAUAACCUAUCUCCCAAACACCAUGUAUGUCUCGUGUAUCAGAAUUGCACCUUGGUUGAGGCAAAUGAAAUUGAAGCUUUAAGAUUAGAAUUUCUGGACGCAUUAUCAAGGGGUAAUCCAUCCUCCAUGGGAAUAUGGGUGACAAGUUGCAUUGGCCAUGAUUUGAUUGAGGGUGGUUGGAUUCCUCCCAAGUCCAACACUAUAAAUGGCAACAAGGCACAUCCAGAGGCUUUUGGCGAUUGGUUUUAUGAUCGGUGUGCAAUUAAUAUCAUUGACAUCUCCAACACAUCAAAAAAUUGCACCGACUCCGGAAUACAUAUGUUGCCAAUUAUCUAAAUAUAUAUAGUCAAAUAUUACAUUAUAUUGUUAUUUUAACUAUUAAAGUAUAAUAGCAUGUAUGAUAUUAUGACUCUUAAUUAAGUUGCAUUUUGUAAUUAUAUGGG